AUGGAUCCUGAAACACCAAAGGCUAUUUGGGAUAAACUCAAGGAAACUUAUGAGGGAGGCGACAGAGUCAAGAAAGCAAAGCUUUUAACUCUGAAAAGGGAGUUCAUGAUGUUGCAAAUGAAGGAUGAUGAGCUGAUUAAAGAUUAUUCAACCAGGCUUAUGGAUAUUGUAAAUCAAAUCAGACUUUAUGGUGAAAAGCUACCUGAUGAAAAGGUGGUUGAAAAGGUCAUGAUCAAUGUUCCUCAAAGAUUUGAAGCCAAAACUUCAACUAUUGAGGAAUCUUGUGACAUGACAAGUCUAACCAUUAGUGAACUUAUUAGCAACUCUGGAAAGAAAUUUGAGAGCUCAAAUAAAGGCAAAGCUAUUGAUUCUUCCACCAGUGGUCACAAUGAAAAGUUUCCAACAUGUCCUAUUUGUAAGAGGACAAAUCAUGCUGAAAAAGAUUAUCAUUUCAAGGACAAAGACAAGUCCAAAUUUCAGUGUACUUUUUGCAAGAAGGCUGGACACACUAAAAACUUUUGUUGGUCCAAGAAGAAGCAAGCUCAACAGCAAGUAAAUGCAAAUGAAGAGAACCAAGAGCAGGGUAAGCAUUUGUUUAUGGUUUCUCAUGAUGCUGAAUCAUUUCAUAACUCCAUUUGGCUUAUGGAUAAUGGGUGUACCAGUCAUAUGACAUCUGUGGCUGCAUACUUUAAUUCACUUGAUAAGUCUUUUAAGAGAAAUGUGAAGUUGGGAAAUGGUGCUAUGGUUCAGGUUCAAGGCAAAGAUCAAAGUCUUUUGAGUAUUCCUCAAAUGAUUAAAAAUGGUUUCGGUGUUCAAUUUAAGAGUGAUGUCUGCAACAUAUUUGAUGUUUGUGGUUCUAAGUUUUUUGCUCUAAAAAUGAAAAACAAUAGCUUUUAUUUGAAGCUUGAUGUUGAAUGUGUACAUGUAUGCAUUGCUAAAGCUGAUGUCACUUCUCUUUGGCAUAAAAGGAUAGGACAUUUUAAUCUUAGGACUUUGAAGUAUAUGCAAUCAAAUGGUUUCGUGACAGAUUUGCCUAAACUGAAUGUGUAUGAUGAUAAAUGUGAUAGUGUCAACUUGGAAAGUCACAUAGGCUAUCAAUUUCUCAUGAUGGUGUGA